CAUGUAAUGAAACGCCACGAAGAUAUGUCCGUAAGUAAUUUGUGUUAGACAUUUAAUUAAUUAUUUGUGCUCAAUGAAACUGUUACUCAACAAGGUUAUUUUUCAGAGCGAUGAGAAGAACAAAAUUAUCAAGCAGAAGAAGUGGGAGGUCACCAUGAGGGCCUUGGCGGAGCUGGCAUCCAGCAAACCUGCCAUCCCCUUGGUGACCUUGGUGGAGCUGCAGGAAAGUGGAAUUGAGCGAAAUGAUGCCUCCGCUGCCUCCGCUGCCUCCACCACUCCAUCUCCCCCUCCAUGUGAAAUCCCUGCCACGCCUAAUGUCACCUCCCCACCUGCCACCUUUUCCCUCAGCCCCGCAGUCACCUCCCCACCUGCCACCUUUUCCCUCAGCCCCACAAUCACCUCCCCACCUGCCAACUUUUCCCUCAGCCCCACAGUCACCUCCCCACCUGCCACCUUUUCCCUCAGCCCCACUGUCACCUCCCCCCCUGCCACCUCAACUAGCCCUGAUUUCUCCCCCUUCCCUGAAUUCCUUCCCACCUUCUCGCCUCCUCCUCCAACCCCCCCCCCUUUAACCCAGACUCUAUCAAUUUGUCACCAUGUGACUAAUAUAUGGAAAGGACCCCCUCCCCUAAAACAAGGGAGGAGGCAGAACUAA